UCGGGCCCGCGCCGCCCGCGCCCCGCCGUCGCCAUCAUGAUCUGCCUGGUGCUGACCAUCUUCGCCAACCUCUUCCCGGCGGCCUAUACCGGCGUGCACGAGCGUACCUUCCUGGCCGUGAAGCCCGACGGCGUGCAGCGGCGGCUCGUGGGCGAGAUCGUGCGGCGCUUCGAGAGGAAGGGCUUCAAGCUGGUGGCGCUGAAGCUGGUGCAGGCUUCGGAGGAGCUGCUGCGGGAACACUAUGCCGAGCUGCGCGAGCGCCCCUUCUUCGGGCGCCUGGUCAAGUACAUGGGCUCCGGGCCGGUGGUGGCCAUGGUGUGGCAGGGUCUGGACGUUGUACGCGCUUCCCGGGCGCUCAUCGGAGCCACGAAUCCGGCCGACGCCGCGCCCGGCACCAUCCGCGGCGAUUUCUGCAUUGAGGUCGGCAAGAAUGUGAUUCACGGCAGCGACUCCGUGGAGAGCGCCCGCCGCGAGAUCGCACUCUGGUUUCGCACUGACGAGCUCCUGUGCUGGGAGGAUAGCGCGGGGCACUGGCUGUACGAGUAGCCGGGCCUCUUGGGCAGGUGUGCCAGUCCGAAGAGGGCUGCGGCUGACCCCGCGCUCUCCAGGCCCCACCCCAGAGCUGUGGUAGACCCGCAGCAGCCUUCCCGAGCGCAGGUGGUUGCCCGCCUGCCGAGUUCUGGUUGCCUUCCUCCCCUGAAUGGGGUUCUCAGGCGCCUCGGCCCAGCCCGCGCCCGUUUACAGCUCGCCUGCAAACGCACCAGGGCGCAGCUCUGGUACUUGGCUUGUCCCGGCAUUUGUUUUUAUAAUAAACGGAAGAAAACUUUUGUGCUCCAGUUGGUUUGGG